AUGACUAGGACUAUGCGGCGUAGGUCAGCUGAUCCUUCGGUACUGGCUGUUCCGACAGCCUCUAUCAUCAUAUCGACGGCUAUCAAUGAGUUCAGGAAAGCGUUCGUUUUCUUCAGUUACAAUCUGGCGGACCUCAUAGAACACUACAAGAAGAACCCGAUGGUGGAGACAUCGGGCACGGUGGUCCAUUUGAAGCAGCCUUUCAACGCUACUAGGAUAAACGCCUCGGGGAUCCAUUCCAGGGUGAAACAGUUACAGAGUGAAAAUGGACCGAAUAGUUUUGGAAAGGCUGGUUUUUGGGAGGAAUUCGAAUCGUUACAGCAACAAGAGUUCAAGCAUUUAUAUCAAAGGAAAGAGGGCGUCAGACCAGAGAAUAGGAAUAAGAAUAGAUACAAGAAUAUAUUACCAUACGUCGACCCGAAGACGCCGGGCGCCGACUACAUCAACGCCAACUACGUGCGAUGGAAGGUCGACGAGAACCUCGGCGCCGAGCUGGGCGGCGAUCCCAGCGGCAAGGUGUACGUCGCGACGCAGGGCUGUCUGCCGUCGACCGUCGCCGAUUUCUGGCAGAUGGUGUGGCAGGAGAACUGCAGGGUCAUCGUGAACAGGCGGCAGGAGGCCAUCCAGCAGGAGAGCCCGCACCAGCCGCCCGGCGCCAUCUUGGUGCACUGUUCGGCCGGCAUCGGCCGCACCGGCACCUUCAUCGUCAUCGACAUGAUCCUGGACCAGCUCAAGAAGCACGUACAACAUCAUAUAGAAACCAUCACUGAAAGAAUGAAGGCUGAACAAAAAUCGAUGCAAUUGGGCAGAGAGUACACGAACAUCCGGUAUAGCGGCGACAUGGCGACCAGCUGCGUCUCACCGACCACGCCCAAUAACAGGACGAGCACAGUGAGCGUCUCCUUUCCCGCCCAAAAUCAAAAUAACGUCGUGUUGCGACAAGAAACGAAAAAACCACCCAGGGCCGUGUCCGAGCUCUCGCUACCAAGACCGCCCGAUGAUUUGGUGAAACCCACCCUGUAUGAGAAUAUUCCAGGCAACCCUGUCUGCCCUACACCCCCACCGCCGCCAAGAAAGGGUUCGUGACUCACGUAAAACCUUCUCUGUAUAUCUCUAACGUUUUUCAAUCAUACUGUGUGUACCUUUUCGAUUCGAUAUAAGGAAUCUGUUGUUGAAAAUAGGCGACUGGACAAGUACCAAAUUUUGAAAUUUCCUAAUUUAGAGGUUACAAAAGAUUUUUUAUCGUAUUCCAACGAUGAAGAUAUUCCUGAUUUUUGAAGGGGAGGCAUUUUGUGUUACGAGGUUGGCUGCAAAAGUGUUAGAUGUGACUGUAGUUGGCGCUACUGAGAAAAAUUUAUUUCUAGGGAUUGUCCAGCAGGGAGAUUCUGUUUCACGAUCGU